GGUUGGGGGUGUCUGCAGGGUCCCCUCUAAACCCCACCCUGUCGAAUGUGUGGGUACCCUGAGUGCACUGUGCAAACGGCUCAGCUUCCAUCCCGGCAGCUGUGGUGACACCAGAGAGGAGACCGGGUCCCCACUUGCACCCCAGCUGCCAGGCCUGGGCACUGGGUCGUGAGCUGCCCAUGGCUCUGGGGAGGGCCUUCACAGGGCACUUUUGACCUGGCUCUGGGCCGGCUGGCGCCAUGGGGGGAGGCGAGGCCGUGAAGUCCGGGCCGACUGUGGCCCCCGCAGGUCUCCGGUCCUCCCCCGGGGGCGUGGCGAGCCGGUCCAUAUAGGGAGGCGACGGCGUGUGUGUGUGAGGCCGAAGCCGCAGCUGCUUUGCUCCGGGAACGCCAUGAGCGCGCCGCCACGGCCGCGCCCACCAACCCGGACCCCACCGUGGGCGCUGCCCGCCCUGCUGCUGGCGCUGGCGGCGAGCGGAGUGGCGGCAGGCGCGCCCACGUACCCGUGGCGGGACGCAGAGACGCAGGAGUGGCUGGCGUGCGGCCAGUGCCCCCCGGGCACCUUCGUGCAGCGGCCGUGCAGCCGGGAUAGUUCGACCGUGUGCGGCGCGUGCCCGCCGCGCCACUACACGCAGUUCUGGAACUACCUGGAGCGCUGCCGUUACUGCAACGUCAUCUGCGGGGAGCGCGAGGAGGAGGCGCGGCCGUGCGCCGCCACCCACAACCGCGCCUGCCGCUGUCUCCCCGGCUUCUUCGCGCACGCCGGCUUCUGCCUGGAGCACGCGCCCUGCCCGCCCGGCGCCGGCGUGGCCGCCCCUGGCACCCCGCGCCAGAACACGCAGUGCCAGCCGUGUCCCCCCGGCACAUUCUCAGCCAGCAGCUCGUCUUCAGAGCAGUGCCAGCCCCACCGCAACUGCACGGCCCUGGGCCUGGCGCUCAACGUGCCAGGCUCUUCCUUCCACGACGCCCUGUGCACCAGCUGCACAGGCCUCCUGGGCAGCACGCGGGAACCGGGAGGCCCAGGGACCGACCAGUGCGAGCGAGCGCUGGUCGACUUCGUGGCUUUCCAGGACCUCUCCCCGAAGAGACUCCUGCGGCUGCAGCAGGCCCUAACCGGCCUGGGCGUGCGGACGUCGCCGCCGAGGGGGGACCGCGCAACUCUGCAGAGGAAGCUCUGGCAGCAGCUCUCUGAGCUCCGUGAGGCCCAGGCCGGGGCGCUGGUGGCCCGGCUGCUGCAGGCACUGCGCGACGCCAGGCUGCCAGGGCUGGAGCGCACUGUGCGCACCCGUUUCCUCUCAGCGCGCUGAGCGCCCUCCCCCUAUUUAUUCCUUCCCACCCAGAUGCUCCAUGGGUAUCGCCAUCCACACCACGGGAGACUUCCACCUGGGUCCCUGUGGCACUAACAAAGUUAAUUUUUUAUAAAGCCAAUUUGUAACCCUGGA